UAUUGCAGACACUGGAAGACCUGAAUGUUAGAACAGCACACUGAAGCCACUGGAAGACAUGGAUAUUGAGCCCAUCAAUGGAAGACCUGAAGAUGUUGGAAGACGUGAAGAUGCUGGAAGAUGCAGAGAUGCAGGAAGACGAGCAGAUGCUGGAAGCCCUGGAGAUGCUGGAAGACCUGUAGGUGUAGGAAGACAUGGAUUUUCCGGAAGACAUGGAUUUUUCUGGAAGACAUAGAUUUUCUGGAAGACGCAGAUUUUCUGGAAGACGUAGAUUUUCUGGAAGACGUGGCUUUGCUGGAAGAUGUGGAUUUUCUGGAAGACAUGGAUUUUCUGGAAGACGUGGCUUUGCUGGAAGACAUGGAGUUUCUGGAAGACAUGGCUUUGCUGGAAGACAUGGAUUUUCUGGAAGACAUGGAUUUCCUGGAAGACAUGGAUUUUCUGGAAGACCUGGAUUUUCUGGAAGACAUGGCUUUGUUGGAAGACAUGGAUUUCCUGGAAGCUAAGGAUUUAGUGGAAGACACAGAUUUCCUGGAAGACAUGGAUUUCCUGGAAGCUAAGGAUUUAAUGGAAGACAGGGAUUUCCUGGAAGGCAUAGAUUUGCUGGAAGACAUGGAUUCUCAGGAAGACCUGAAUUCCGGAAGACGUGGAUUUGCUGGAAGACUGGGAGAUUGCGGAAGACAUAGAUAUUCUGGAAGACACAGAUCUUCAGGAAGACAGUGAUUGGAAGAUCUCCAGGAAGUCCUGGAGGUUACUGGAAGACAUGACUUUUCUGGAAGACCUGGAUUUUUCUGGAAGACAUGAAUUGACUGGAAGACCUUGAUUUUAUGGAAGACGUAUUCCUUCUGGAAGACACUGAUUUACUGGAAGACGUACUUUUCCGGAAGAACUUGAUCUAUUGGAAGACUUGGAUUUGGUGGAAGACGUAGAUUCUUCUGGAAGACAUCAGCUGACUGGAAGACCUGGAUUUCUUUCUGGAAGACACUGUUUGGAAGACUCAGACCUUUCUGGAAGAACUAGAUCUAUUGGAAGACUUGGAUCUGGUGGAAGACGCAGAUUUUCCUGGAAGACGUGAACUGGUUGGAAGACCUUGAAAUUGUUGGAAGACGUGGAUUUUCCUGGAAGACCUGGAUUUUCUGGGAAGAACCCGGAUUUUGUGGAAGACGUGUAACUGCUGGAAGACUGAAUUUCCUGGAAGACUUGGAGAUUACGGGAAGACGAGGAACUUCUGGAAGACACAGAUUCUCUGGAAGACAUGGAUUUUCUGGAAGACCUUGAGGUUACUGGAAGACUUGAAGUUGAUGGAAGACCUGGAGUUGUUGGAAGACCUUGACACUGGCGCCACUGGAAACCCUGGACAGUGGAAACAUUGGAAGUACAUAAUUUGGAGACAUUGGAAGCCUUGGUUUUGGGGAACAUGGUCUACUACAAGCAUUGGGGACAUGAAAGGCAUUAUGUAUUGUGAUACUGUAUAUUGGAAGCCAUAAACACUGGAUUACCUGGAUAUAUUUGACACAUUGCAAACCCUUUGCUUCAGAAUUCCUAAA